AUGGGUUCUCUUGGCGAUAGUAUUUCAAACGGCCUUAAUGGUCUCACACAAAAGCGUCCUAUUCGGAUAGCUGGCUGCUCUGGGGGUGUAUAUGAUAGAAAGCGUGCCAUUCACGAUAUGGCGAAGAACGAAAACGUCGAUGUCAUCACAGGAGACUGGAUGUCUGAAUGCAAUAUGACACUAAGAGGGUCGGAUAAAAGAGAUCGUCUGGCGCAGAAGCAAAUGACUUCCGGUUCAACCGUUGUUGCAAAGGGUUACGAGCCGUACUUCCUCGACGAGUUGGACCCAGCCAUCCCUUGGCUCGCUAAGAAAGGCACGAAAGUUGCGGUGAACGCCGGUGCGAGUGAUGUUCAUGGCCUUGCCGAAGCCGUCAAAGAACUGAUCAAAAAGCACAAUGUAAACUUGAAAGUUGGCGUCGUCGAUGGCGAUGAUGUUACGGAUGCCGUACUUGAUUUGUAUAAGAAGGGAGAACCUUUCUACAACCUUCCCGCCAACAAGCCUAUCCAGGAAUGGGGUUUCGAUCCGAUUUGCGCACAAUGCUACCUCGGCGGAACUGGAAUUGCGGCAUGCUUCGAAGGUGGCGCUGAUAUCGUUCUGUGUGGCCGUGUCGCAGAUGCCUCAGUCACAGUCGGUGCUGCAAUGUGGUGGUAUGGAUGGAAACGAGAAAAUCUUUCGGAGCUUGCUGGUGCCCUGAUGGUUGGCCACAUUAUUGAAUGUAGCACAUACGCAACUGGAGGCUAUUACUCUGGAUUCAAGGACCUCGGGGUAAAUGAUACUGAUAUGGGCUAUCCAAUUGCAUCCAUCGACCAUAAGGGAGAAGCUGUUAUCUCCAUGGAGAAAGGAAAACAUGGGUUGGUCAAUAUCGCAACCGUUGCCAGCCAACUGCUUUAUGAGAUCCAAGGGCCACUCUACUACAAUUCCGACGUCACAGCGUCCAUUGAAGAUAUGCAUUUGAAACAGAUUGGCGAGAACGAAGUUCAUGUUUCUGGAGCCAAGGGUCUCCCGCCUCCAGCAACAACUAAAGUUGGUAUCACCGCAAAAGGCGGUUAUCAAGCCGAAUUUCAUUUCUACCUCACCGGCCUUGACAUUGAAGAAAAGGCCGCGAUGGUCGAGCGACAAACGAAGGCUUUGAUGGGGGAGCAUCUUAGCAAGUUUUCGUGCCUACGAUUCAUGAUUGCUGGUGGCGUGCCAGAGGACCCUCAGUCCCAGGAAGAGGCGACCGUUGACAUGAGAAUAUUCGCACAGACCCGCGAUCCGGAUAUUCUAUCAGGCAACAAUUUCGUCGACUCUGAUCGCGGAUCAUUUGCUCGUUUCUGCAUCGAAAAUCUUCUCCAAGGUUACCCUGGAAGUACCAUGGCUCCAGAUAUGCGAACAGCGAUUGGCCGGCCGUUCUUUGAGUAUUGGGUCAGCUUAUUACCCCAGACCUUCGUUCACGAGACAGCACACUUGCCAGACGGCUCUGUCCUGGACAUCCCCGCUCCAUCCCUAGUAAAGACAUAUGAUCGUGAGCAGCCUAGCUAUGACACGGUUAAUCCCGUCGACCUUUCAAGUUUUGGCCCAACCACCCGUGCGCCUCUCGGAUACGUGGUUAUGGGUCGUUCCGGUGACAAAAGCUCAAACGCUAACCUAGGUCUAUUUGUUCGACACGACGAUGAAUGGGAUUGGUUACGGUCGAUCCUCAGUGUAGCUAAAUUACGGCAACUGCUUGGAAAGGAUGAUAAGGGCAAGCAAAUCGAUCGAUGCGAAUUCCCCAAUAUCAGAGCUGUUCAUUUCUUGCUGAAAGACCAUCUUGACCGAGGAUUCAACUCAACAAGCAGCUUUGAUAGCUUGGGCAAGAACUUGUGCGAGUAUAUUCGAUCUAAGCACGUAGAUGUCCCCAACAAAUUUUUAGAGAGGGGAAGGAUCUAG